AUGUCCAGAAGAGAUAGGGCGGCUUGGAAACUCAACCUUGGCCACAAAACCCCAGCGGCGAGCAACAAUUCAAAUAUCCAAGGAGGCAAGAAUACCAAUGGCAAGAAUAACCUUAACGGGAAGAAUAAAGCCAACAUGAGGAAGCCCCAUGGCACCACCAAGGCCAAUAGCAACAACAAAGUCGGCGGCAAUAAGAAUAGCCAGAAGAAAACCAAUGGUAGAAAUAAGGGCGGAGUGAAAAAAGCCAACAACAGAAAAGGACCUACAGCCACGAUCAGCAAGGGCAACCCUCACAAGACUGGAGCAAAUAAAACACCCGGAAAAAAGCUUUCUACUCAAAAGGGUGCCAAACACCCCAGUGGUGCAAAGAAGAGUUCUGGUCAUAAUAAGGCGAAGGCCAGAACGAAGGCUGGCGCUAAGAAAUCCGGUCAAAAAACAAAGUCUUCUGGCACUGUUGGAUUGAAGAAGUCUGUUGCUAAGGCUGGCAACAGGAAACCCAUUGGAACCAAGAAGGCCGCCAGUAGCAAGAAAGGUUCAAGCAGAAGGAAGUCUCCCACCAAAGCCAAAGCUAAGACUGGGCCCAAGAAGACUACUGGUAACAAGAAGCCUGCUACCAAGACUCGGACCAAGAAGACUGCCAUUAACAUAAAGUCUACUAAAAACAAGAAGGUUGCCAGCAACAAGAAAGUUUCUGGCAAUAAGAUACCCACCAGAAACAAGAAGCCUCUCAAAGCUGGAACUAAGAAGGCGGCCAAUAACAAGAAGGCCGUUGGCAACAAGAAAGCCGUUAGCAACAAAAAAGCCGUCAAGAAUAAGAAAGCUGCCAGCAGCAAGAAAGCUACCGGCAACAAGAAAGCCACCGGCAACAAGAAAGCUACCAGCAACAAGAAGCCUGCUGCUAAGGCUAGCAAUAGAAAAGCUACGAGCAGAAAGACUCCCCCUAAAUCCAAAUUCCCCAAAGAGAACAGCGUUUAA